GUAUUAUAUGAUGGAUGGUAUGGACAGCACAGAUGUGUUGAGUUGUGUUGAGUGCCCCACAAAUCACAUGACAUUUGUUUGCAUUGAAUGUUAUGUUUUUGUUUUCAUACGAAACGCAACCAAAAUAUAGUCAUUAAUAAUCACAACAAUCACUUGAAUUGAGUUAUGGAUCACACCAUCGAUGGUCAGCAAAGAAGUGACGAAAAGACGGAUCAAUCGAGUGAUGGCUUAGAGAGCGCUGCGAACGAAGACAUAUUGACGCCAUCGACGACUUCGUGGUGGACUUCUUGGGUCCAAAAGUCGAGCGAUACGUUUGAGUCAAUUAAGAAGGAUUUGAAUGAAUUGAAAGCAACGGUUCAAACGGAUGGCCUCGAAGUGGUCUCAAACACGGCUUCAUAUGUGAGCCAAACCAUGAAAGAUACCAUUACUGGUAUCAGUCAUACGAUGGCUCCAGACUUUGACCAAAGCGAUGAACAGAGACCUGAAGUGAGUGGCGUUGAAGAGCCGACGGACACCAAUAAGUCGAGUGACGUCACGAGUGGUCAGAAAGAGGGUGAAGAGGCGUCUGCAGAGGCGAAGGGCUCGGAUUGGGACGAAUGGACCGCAGACUUGACUAAUAAAGCGAAACAUAAGUUGAAUGCUUUGAUGGGAAACAUUGCGGACGCUUUCCUUAUCAACAGAAAUUACUUCGAAGACGAGGACGAGAUGUAUGUCUUGAGCGGCGAUAAGUUGGUUGCGAUCGAGAAAUGGCAACAAUUGCUGAAUGAGGUGCAGAUUAAUGCCGACACUUACUGUCGUGAACCGAGUGGUCCGCCCGAACACUACGAGAGUUGGUUAAUGACAUUCAAUCUGAUUGACUAUCAAAGACAAAUGGAUCACAUGCUGCAGACUGUGCCACAGAUGAGCGACUUCUACGCACAACUCGUUCCCAACUCUUUGUCAGACGUGGAGUUUUGGCACCGAUUUUACUAUAGAGUCCAUCAGUUGAGAGAAAGCGAACGCAAGAAGAUUGAGGACAACGCGAAUGAAUUGAAGUGCGAAUCGGUGUCCGAAAUGGAGACUAAUUUGAAUCGAAAUCAAAAAUCUGUUGAAAUAAAGCUUUUAGAAGAAAAGAGUUCUGUUUUUGAAUCGCAACAAAUGAGAGAUGAGUUACAAUCGAUGGCCAGCAAUGAGUGUUCAGACGUGAGAUCUUGCGGUGAUUCGAGUGACGCCCAAAAGUCAGACACUGGAAGCGAUGAUUGGGAGAAGACUGACAUUCCAGUCAGCGAUGAAGACAUUAAAGAUUGGGUUAAAUGCGAAUGAUUUAUAUUUUACUUUUAAUUACUUUUAAUAAAUAUAUGUAUAAUAUUUAUGUAUUGUAUAUAAAAAAUAUUUCGUAUUUAAGAAAAUAUAUUUAAAUGUUUUUUUAGUGCCAUUAUAUGAAGUGAUUCUUAUAUUUGUUUCUUUCAAUCGUUUCAUUUUGCAUCAAAUCUUUGGCCG